UGUUGUCGUUGACAACAGUUUACGGCAACAACAUCAUGAUUAAUCCUCCGAUGGCAGAGGCAGCUGCUUUAAAACACUGGUACCUUGAACAUAAACAAGAAGUUGCCCAUCUGGUGGAACAAAAAGUGUACAGAGACCCAAAGUUUCUCUUGCCACCGCCAAACGAAUCUGAGAUUCUGUCAGUACAAUCAACAUUAAAAAAUUUGCACAUUUUGAAGACCGCAUGGGUGCGAGGAAAGGCAGACUCACACAUGGACAAACAUCUUACUGGUUCACUGCUUGCCAAAAUUGCAAAAAAGUCUGCGUGCUCAAGUUGGAUGCACAGUCACAUGCAUUCACUGCAACGUAGAAGGACCUGUCGAGCCUCG